AGCGGCCAGCAUCGCCACACCGGUGGCACGGCGCUCCCCUCCCAGAGCGUGGCCAGAGCCGAGCACUCCAGCCCCAGCCCCCACCCCGCCCCCCGCCCAGAAAUGACUUGUUAAUCAGCGACACCACGGAAGGGACUCGCCGGAGUGGAAUCCAAGUGGCAUUGGGAUUUGAAGAGUUCUAGAACAUCUACUCCUUUCUUGUGUUUGGUUUUUUGUUUGUUGUUUGCUUUGAGGUUUUUUGGGUCUUUUUGGUUUUGCGGCUUCUUCCCUCCUGCGCCGCCUGUCAUUGGAGAUGAACACAGCUCAUUUGCAUCCCAGAAAGUAGUCGCCGAGACUGUUGCCCCAAAAGAGACCAGCACACAUGUAGGAAUGACAAAGGCUUGCAAAGGAGAGCGAGCAGCUUGCGGCCGGGAGAGAACCCCUCAAUAAUGGAUUACUAAAUGGGAGACACGCCGCACCAGUUUGUUCCCAGCCCAGGCCGCCUACCCGUCGAUGCACCGAAAAGGGUGAAGUAGAGAAAUAAAGUCUCCCCGCUGAACUACUAUGAGGCCAGAAGCCUUGCUGCUAUAUCUCACACUGCUACACUUUGCUGGGGCUGGUUUCCCAGAAGAUUCUGAGCCAAUCAGUAUUUCGCAUGGCAACUAUACAAAACAGUAUCCGGUGUUCGUGGGCCACAAACCAGGACGGAACACCACACAGAGGCACAGACUGGACAUCCAGAUGAUUAUGGUCAUGAAUAGAACCCUCUACAUUGCUGCUAGGGACCAUAUUUAUACUGUUGAUAUAGACACAUCACACGCAGAAGAAAUUUACUGUAGCAAAAAACUGACCUGGAAAUCUAGACAGGCUGAUGUAGACACGUGCAGAAUGAAGGGGAAACAUAAGGAUGAGUGUCACAACUUUAUUAAAGUUCUUCUAAAGAAAAAUGAGGAUACGCUGUUUGUCUGUGGAACAAAUGCCUUCAACCCUUCCUGCAGAAACUAUCAGAUGGAGACUUUGGAACCUUUGGGGGAUGAAUUUAGUGGAAUGGCCAGAUGCCCUUAUGAUGCCAAGCAUGCCAACGUUGCCCUGUUUGCAGAUGGAAAGCUGUACUCAGCCACAGUGACGGACUUCCUGGCCAUCGACGCCGUCAUUUACCGCAGCCUUGGAGACAGCCCCACCCUGCGAACCGUCAAACAUGACUCAAAAUGGUUGAAAGAGCCAUAUUUCGUCCAAGCGGUGGACUAUGGAGACUACAUCUACUUCUUCUUCAGGGAAAUUGCGGUGGAAUACAACACGAUGGGAAAGGUGGUCUUCCCCCGCGUGGCGCAGGUUUGCAAGAGUGACCGGGGAGGGUCGCAGAGAGUCCUGGAGAAGCAGUGGACGUCCUUCCUCAAGGCUCGCCUGAACUGCUCGGUUCCCGGAGACUCUCAUUUUUAUUUCAACAUACUCCAGGCCGUGACAGAUGUGAUUCGGAUUAAUGGCCGUGAUGUCGUCCUGGCAACCUUUUCCACACCUUAUAACAGCAUCCCUGGGUCUGCAGUCUGUGCCUACGACAUGGUUGAUAUUGCCAACGUGUUUACCGGAAGAUUCAAGGAGCAGAAGUCUCCAGAUUCUACAUGGACUCCAGUUCCUGAUGAACGAGUGCCGAAACCCAGGCCCGGGUGCUGCGCUGGCUCAUCCUCCUUAGAAAAAUACGCAACCUCUAAUGAGUUCCCCGAUGACACCCUCAACUUCGUCAAGACACACCCGCUCAUGGAUGAGGCCGUCCCCUCCGUCAUCAACCGGCCGUGGUUCUUGAGGACGAUGGUGAGAUACCGCCUGACCAAAAUUGCAGUGGACACUGCUGCUGGGCCCUAUCAGAAUCACACCGUGGUUUUCCUGGGAUCAGAGAAGGGAAUCAUCUUGAAGUUCCUGGCCAGGAUAGGAAACAGUGGUUUUCUAAAUGACAGCCUUUUCCUGGAGGAGAUGAGCGUUUAUAACCCUGAAAAGUGCAGCUAUGAUGGAGUAGAGGACAAGAGGAUUAUGGGUAUGCAACUGGACAAAGCAAGCAGCUCUCUGUUUGUUGCCUUCUCCACCUGUGUGAUUAAGGUUCCCCUGGGCAGGUGUGAACGUCAUGGGAAGUGCAAAAAAACUUGCAUUGCCUCCAGAGAUCCAUACUGUGGAUGGGUAAAAGAAGGAGGUUCCUGUGCACGUCUCUCUCCCAGCAGCAGGCUGGCUUUUGAGCAGGACAUAGAACGCGGCAAUACAGAUGGUCUGGGGGACUGUCAUAAUUCCUUUGUGGCCCUGAAUGACAUUUCAACUCCUCUACCAGAUCAUGAAAUGUCUUACAACACAGUGUAUGGGCAUUCCAGUUCCCUGUUGCCCAGCACCACCACGUCAGACUCCACGGCUCAAGAGGGGUAUGAUUCUAGGGGAGGCAUGCUGGACUGGACCGAUCUGCUCGAGUCACCUGACAGCUCAGACCCUUUGGGGGCAGUGUCUUCCCAUAAUCACCAAGACAAGAAGGGAGUGAUACGGGAAAGUUACCUCAAAGGCCACGACCAGCUGGUUCCCGUCACCCUCUUGGCCAUCGCGGUCAUUCUGGCUUUUGUCAUGGGGGCCGUCUUCUCGGGCAUCAUCGUCUACUGCAUCUGCGACCACCGGCGCAAAGACGGCACGGCGGGCCAGCGUAAGGAGAAGGAGCUCCCGCACUCGCGCCGGGGCUCCAUGAGCAGCGUGACCAAACUCAGUGGCCUCUUCGGGGACCCGCAGUCCAAAGACCCCAAGCCAGAGGCCAUCCUCACACCGCUCAUGCACAACGGCAAGCUGGCCACGCCCAGCAGCACGGCCAAGAUGCUCAUUAAGGCGGACCAGCACCACUUGGACCUGGCCGCCCUGCCCACCCCCGAGUCCACCCCAACCCUCCAGCAGAAGCGGAAGCCCAGCCGCGGCAGCCGGGAGUGGGAACGGAACCAGAACCUCAUCAAUGCCUGCACGAAGGACAUGCCCCCCAUGGCCUCCCCCGUGAUCCCCACGGACCUGCCCCUGCGGGCUUCCCCCAGUCACAUCCCCAGCGUGGUGGUGCUGCCCAUCACGCAGCAGAGCUACCAGCACGAGUACGUGGACCAGGCCAAAAUGAGCGAGGUGGCCCAGAUGGCGCUGGAGGAGCAGGCCGCCACGCUGGAGUACAAGACCAUCAAGGAGCACCUCAGCAGCAAGAGUCCCAACCACGGGGUGAACCUCGUGGAGAACCUGGACAGCCUGCCCCCCAAAGUCCCCCAGCGGGAAGCCUCCCUGGGCCCUCCGGGAGCCCCUCUGUCUCAGAAUGGCCUGAGCAAGCGGCUGGAGAUGCACCACUCCUCCUCCUACGGGGUGGACUAUAAGAGGAGCUACCCCACGAACUCGCUCACCAGAAGCCACCAGGCCACCACGCUCAAAAGAAACAAUACUAACUCCUCCAAUUCGUCCCACCUCUCCAGAAACCCGAGCUUUGGCAGGGGAGACAACCCACCGCCCGCCCCGCAGAGGGUGGACUCGAUCCAGAUGCACAGCGCCCAGCUGCAGGGCCAGGCCGGGACUGUUUCCAGGCAGCCCAGCCUCAACGCCUACAACUCACUGACGCGGUCGGGGCUGAAGCGCACGCCCUCGCUAAAGCCCGACGUACCCCCCAAACCUUCCUUUGCCCCCCUUUCCACAUCCAUGAAGCCCAACGAUGCUUGUACAUAAUCCCAGGGGGAGGGGGUCAGGUGUCGAACCAGCAGGAACGGCGAGGCGCCCGCUCUGCUCUGCAAGGUUCUCAACUGCCUCAGAGCGCCCACCUGACCAGGACGGCCCCGCGGUAGGGCUGAGGACACCGGGUCCUCCUCGCUGGGACACAGGGAUGCUCUGGGGAAACGGACCACGUGGUUUGGUGAAGGUUUGCAACUGCGGGACUUGCCCCCACUCUCUUCCUUCACUCGCCCUCACACACCGCCAUGGUUGGACUCACAAAAGACUUCGAUGAUCAUCACAAACAUGAGCCAAAAGCACAUACUCACCCAUGCACGCACACACACACAUGCCUACACACACCACGGACACACACACACACACACAGAGGUGAACAAGCUACUACAAUUUGUCCAUGACUGCACGGGACGUUGCCCACCAGGGCUAGUGUUCCAACCUGCAAAAAAAAACAAAAAAAAACCACAAAUACAUUUUUUAAGAUUAUGAAAAUUAAAAAGACAAAAAAAAAAAUAAAGAAAGCAUUGAUAAUUCUAACUCAGACUUUAACAAUGGCAGAAGUUUACUAUGCGCAGAUACUGUGAAAUGCCCACUACAGCUUUCUGUUAUAGCAGAUUAAUGCCAUGUUGGGCAACUAUGUCAUAAAUUUCUGCUCCUCCUCUCUUUUAAUGAAUAACGUGACGGUUAGCGCAAGUAACUCUUUAUUUAUUGUUCACCCUUUUUUUUCUGACCGAAAGGACUCUUCCGCAUAUCCUCCUACGAACAGCUCUUCAGAAAGCCCACUGAAAGUUAAACUAUUUAACGUGAAAUCCAUUAACUGGAAUAAUUGAGUUUCUUUAUUUUUACAAUAAAUUCACUGAGUCAAUAAGUUGGAGCUGGAAUUCUGAGCUUUGUGUUUGGACUGUCUAAUCGCUAGCCAGAGGAAAGAGUUAAGAGGGGGAUAUUUAUUUAAAUCUAUCAAUUAAUUUGCUGGCCUAUACAUGAAAAAAAAAUAUAUUAACUUGUUUAAAAGUCCUUCCAGACCCUCAUGUCUAAAGCAAGCUGGAGAGAAAGUUUUAGAACGGCACAUCCGGCGAGCCCCAUUGCUGCCAGCGUGGCUUUGUCGGUGGUAACGCCUCUUCCGGGAAGGCACCAGCUUGUGAUCCCCCAUCAUUUCACCUUGCAUGUGAGACAGCAGAUACAAAUCCACAAACGGUGUGAACUCAUUAAUACGCUGGCUGCUACCUUGCAUAAGUUAAUGGUUUUAAUCACACGGGUUUUUCGUGGGGUUACAUCUGUGAAUAGCCUGUUUUCCACAUGUAAAUUUGUGCCUUACACCCGAGUUGUGUACACUUGUAAACUGUCGGUAUGAUAAACUCACCUCCCCCCGCCCUUUUGAAAUCAAUGCAGAUAUUUAUUUCAUCCUCCCUCCCCCCACCUCCACUCCAGCCCUCUGGGAGAGCGGAGUCAAGCAGAUGGGAGAAGAGCGCGGCCGUGAUGGUAGUGAUCCCAGAGCCCAGCUUGAAAGCUGGGCGGCCUCCGGGCCCUCCGAUGCACACUUUCUUCUAGUGCCAACUCGAAGCACCCUUUGGCCGUGCUGUUGCUGAGCACUGGCCCCAGUGUUGUGGGUGGCGAACCCCUUUCUUCCUUCAGAGUUCCCCGCGUCCUUUACAUUCUCAGAUCAUUUCACUCUGGGGAUCUCCUUCGUAGCCAGCAGGAAAGGGACGAGUGCCCCCGUCUUCAUUUCUGCUGUGCCCACGUGCCGGAGAGCACAGUGUGUGAUCGGGCGGGCACCUGGGAACCGAGGUUCCCCAAGGCGUGUGCUCAGUACACGUGCGCAAUGCACAGAAUGGACGACAUGGAACUGGAUGCAGGCAGGCUGGUCCCCGCAGUGAUUAAUGAGUAACUCGCAGGACAAGGCCAACCACAAUAAAUUGGCAAAACAUUGACCAGGGCAAAAGAUGUUUUUUCCCAUUAAAAAAAAAAAUCUAUCCUUUUGUUGUUAUUGUUUCUUGGAGGGGGGGAGGGGUGUGUUUUUCUCCCCUUGGUUUUUAUUUGCUCAAACACAGAAGAAGGGACUAUUGUUUACGCUCUUAUGAACAAAAGAACUGUCAACAUACUGUAAACUGUGAGCGUGGUUGGUUGUUACUGCUUUGUUAAAUGGUUCAUUUGGUGGUCUCUUGUCUCCUUUAUUUCCAGUUUAAUCUUCUGGGUUUCAUUUUAUUCUUAAUUAAAAAAACCAACUUUGCAAAGACAAUGAAAGACUGACACGGAAGGACACUGUUGAGUUGGCUGGGGAGAAAGAGGUGGUUACCUGGAGGGCGGGUCAGUGCACGGCUGCAUUGUGAUUGUUCAGGGUAGCGUUUCGUUGUUGUUAAGUUGUUGUUUUGCUUGGGUUGGGUUGGGUUUAUCCUGAAACCCUGAAGUCUCUUCUAGACACUGAGAUCUCCUCCCCCCUUUUCUCUAGAAAUGCAGACAUUAGAAGGUUAUAGAUAUAUAUAUAUAUAUAUAUACACACACACCACACAUCACCCUGCUACCUUCUCCCCAUGCCUGACUCCCUAGAGUAUUGAUGGCGCCGCACCCACAGGCCCUCAGAGGCAGGAGUGGAUGGGCAUCGCUGCCUCCGUUGUGUUAUGUCAAUUUGUGUCAAAACUGACCUUACACAUCCCUGUGUACCACAACCCAUCACGUCACGGUGUUAAGCCUAAGAUGUCCACACGUAUUUGAGCAGGUCUUCUGCAUUUAAGUAUUUCCCCUCGUUGACUUUUUCUUUUUUUUUCCCCACUGUCUGUGGGAGGAGAAUCCACAAACCCGAGUGUGCCUUUGCUUUCCACCCCUGCUAGCCACUGGUAGAUGCAUCCAACUCAGAGUUACGUUUGUUGUAAAGUUGUAAAAAUAUUGUGAUGUCACCAAUUUCCCUUCCAUCUCCACAGCCCCUAACAUCGGAUUCACAACUUAAUGUAUGUUAUGAAAAAGAGAAAAAAAGGAAAGAAAAAAAGGGGGGGAAAGGAGGGGGAAAAUCAAGGAAAAGGCUCUUUAUUACUCAAUAGUAAUAAAACCAGACUGUUCUAUAUUA